CCUCCUCCUCUUCAUCUCCUCUCUGCAGGAGAACCAUCCUCAGGUCAGACGGACACCUGCCCGCCCGCCUCUCCUUCUCUCUCGGAGCACCGGACCAUCACAGCGGGACUCUCGGCUCCUGUACCCGACUCAGAGCGCUCGGAGGGCGGCAGGAGGACGGAGGAGGGGUCGGCGUGGAGGCUGGAUGGAUGCAGGGUCUCAUGUCUCACCUUGGGAGGACAGUUCAGCUGUGAUGCCCGACCUCUGACCCCUGACCCCGCUGAGAUACACCUCUGAGGAGGAGGAGGAGGAGGAGCAGCGACCAGUGGAGCUCUAAGCAGGGAUGGAAGGAGGAGAGGAGGAGGGUCGAGGAGAGGAGGCUGAAACCUCCUCCAGACUGGGAAGAGCCUCGCCAAGAGGAGGAGGUGCAGGUGGACAUGGAGGAGGUGCAGGAGAAGGAGGAGGAGGAGACACGUGCAGACCAAACGGCCUGAUCACAACCCACCGUGUGGGGGCGGAGCCUGUGCUGCUGGUGUACUCGGCUCCUCAGUAUCAGGGCCGUGUGGUGGUGAACUCUCCGCAGCAGAGGAGCAGCAGCGGAGCAGGAAGAGGAGGAGGUCCUCCCCAGCUCCUGAACCCCAGCGCGCUCCUCCCCCAGCAGGCGGUGUCAGACUCGCGUCUCCGGCCGCCCUCCGGCCUCCUGCUGUGUCCAGAGAGUGUCCUGCGGGCGUGGGGGGGGGCCGGGGGAGGCGACUGCUGCGAGACCACCUUCAUCGAGGGACUCGGCCCCGACGCCUCCUCCGCCUCCGCCACCAAGGAGGCGCUGCUGUUCACUGAAAGGAAGUUCCUGGAUUUUUCUGGGGAGGACGCAAGGAUUCACACGCUGUCAUACGACAUGGAGGAGGACGAGGAGUUCCAGGAGCUGGAGAGUGAUUACUCCAGCGAAUCAGAGAGCGAGGACGCCUUUCUGUUGAUGCCUCCCAGAGAUCACCUGGGCCUCAGUGUCUUCUCCAUGCUCUGCUGCUUCUGGCCGCUCGGCAUCGCCGCCUUCUACCUGUCACACGAG